GGCGGCGGCGGCGGCGGUAGUAGUAGUGGUGGUGGUAGUGGUGGUGGUGGUGGUGGUAGUGGUGGUGGUAGUAGGAGAACGGAAUUGCCGUGUCGCGAGCGGCCAAACGAGUUAGCGCGUGUGCGUGCAUCGUGCGCGCGUACGCUCUCCUUCGAGGCUUGCGCGCGAGCGCGCGAGCGCGUGUGUCGGUGGUAUCCCCCCGCGCGCGCAUCCAAGGAAUUCACGAUCGAGCAACACGGAGGGACUCCCAGCAAAUGUUUAAAUGGACGCAUCGUCCAUUAUCACCCAAGUGUCGCGGGAUGACGAGCUAGGCCAGUUUAAUAACGAGAAAGGCCAAAAAAUAUUUCCACAUUUUGUCAAUAUUACAUUUGUGUAUGCUUCUAAUUACAAGUUAUUUCCAAACAACCCAAUUGCCACGCGAGAAUGAAGCGGCCAGCAACGGUCCCACAGGUGGCAAGAAACCAAGAGGGCGUGGACUCUUGCGUUCUCUGCUUUGUUGUCUUGGUAGAGGACGAGGAAGUAGUUCAAAAAGUUCCAAAACAAGUUCGCUACAAGGAGAUGGACGGGGUUCACCGCCACCAGGAACUGGGUCCCCACGGUAUCUUUUACCGCCUGUCAGACAUCAGGAUAUGCAUAAAAAAUGCAUGGUGAUCGAUUUGGAUGAGACACUUGUGCACAGUUCUUUCAAACCGAUCAACAAUGCGGAUUUUGUUGUUCCUGUAGAAAUUGAUGGAACAGUACACCAAGUGUAUGUCUUAAAGAGGCCUUAUGUGGAUGAAUUUUUGCAGAGGAUGGGAGAACUAUACGAAUGUGUAUUGUUCACAGCAAGUUUAGCUAAGUAUGCUGAUCCUGUAGCCGAUCUACUAGACAGAUGGGGAGUAUUUAGAGCAAGAUUAUUCAGAGAGUCGUGCGUCUUUCAUAGAGGAAAUUAUGUUAAAGAUUUAAAUAAGCUGGGAAGAGAUCUACAACAAAUUAUUAUUGUCGAUAAUAGCCCUGCCAGCUAUAUCUUUCAUCCUGAUAAUGCGGUUCCAGUGACAUCCUGGUUUGAUGACAUGACGGACUCAGAACUAUUAGAUUUAAUUCCAUUCUUUGAGAAACUUAGUAGCGUGGAGAACAUUUAUACAGUUUUGUGCAACAGCAAUCAUCCAUAUAAUCAAGUAUCAACUACGGUACAAAAUAGUCCCAGUCCUGGAUCAGGUUCGCUUGGUGCUUCCUAGCCCCACCUAUGUUCUGGUCAAGUGACCAGUCUUGUUAUCACUCGAUGUGCAUUAAGGAGGAUCUUAAUUGAUUUGUCCAAUGCUAAUCACUUAUUGUGCUGCGAUGGAUAAUCGGGUAUGCCCAGUUAGAUAUUUUAUCUAAGGCCAAAAGUACCCGUGUUAGUCUGGGUGGAUAUUUCUGCGUAUCGUUUCCCUGUUAUAAUAGUGCAACAUUAACCGCACUCUGCUUUGUUGUUGCCUUCAAAUUUUCUUCCUAAUAAGCAGCAACGCGAUGAAGAACUAACGUUAGAAAAAAGAGAGAGAGAGAAAGAGAGAGAGAGAGAGAGAAAGAGAGAGAGAGAGAGAGAAAGAGAGAGAGAGAGAGAGAAAGAGAGAGAGAGAGAGAGAGAGAGAGAAAUAAUAGGUACAGACAGAACGAUGAAGAAUGAUUAAAAAAAAUACGUGUACCGAUUAACUUCUGUUACAUUUCGAUUCAAAGGGUUUUUUCGACGACAUAAAGUUUUUUCGACGAUGAUCGAACGAAAAGAAUAAAUCGAUAAGCGCUUCGGUAUAAUUAGUUAGAUCAAAGUACGUGAAUGCGUGCUUUAUAUCUUUGAUACAGACGAAAGUGGGAAAAAAAAACAAACAAAAAAGAAAAAAAAAAAGAUGAAUGAUAUAUUUCUUGUUGUAUUAGAGCACGCAAAUUUUGUGCUAUUGCAUGAUAUUUACUUGCUGAAUACCUCAACGGAUUAAUCUUAAAAGUCCUGAACUAAAUCCAGAAUAUAAAUCGCACAGAGUCAUACAAGAAAUUAUCAAUUGAUAAGUAUGAGUCGUUUGAUGGGUCGUUCGGUGUUCAACAUUUUUUUCAUCAUUUUAUUUGGACCAAUUUGUUUACUGAUUUGCAUUUCAUUUGCUGGCAUUACAAAUAUGUACAUCGCAUCAUAACUUCGAGUUCGUAUAGUAAUUUUUUUUUUAGCAUUUUCCCCAUAGGAUCAAUGAUAUAUAUAUGUAUAUAUAUAUAAUAUUACGAUCGUUACUCGACGUAAUAUUGAAUAUUAAAAAACAAAAACAAAAA